AUGACAUCACCGUUACCAGAACAACCAAGUAAUAACGAAUCGCCUGCUGAUAUAAUCUAUGAUUUAUGUAGAGAAAAUCGGAUUGAAGAAAUUCAAAAUUUAUUAACAACAAUUGAUGAUAUCAAUAUUUUGAAUACAAUUAAACAUCCCACUGGUUCAACAAGUUUACAUGUUGCAUGUUAUUAUGGCCAUAAACAAUUAGUACAAGUUUUAUUAGAUUAUGGUGCGUUGCCUUCAGUUAGAAAUUUCCGACAUAAUUUAACACCAUAUGAAGAAGCAUAUACAGAUGAUAUCAAACAAUUAUUUAUUAAUAAACGAAUAUUUUAUUGUGAAAAAGAUUAUGACCAUAUUCAAUGGUCAAUAACCGGUCAUGAUUUAAUUGAAAAACGACGAGAAUUUCGAGAAAUUAUUCAUUUAUAUAGGUCGUAUGAUAAUCAUCAUCCGAUAGUAUCGAAAUUAUUAGCGGAAGUCAUACACUAUUAUUUAAAUGAAUAUUUAAAGGAAAUUCCUUCUACCGAUAAUCCUCAAGAUCGAAUUACUGAAGAACAAAUUAAAGUUAUCGAAGAUUAUUUUCGUAAGGCUAUAGACGAAAAAGACUAUUUAACAUAUUUCGUUAAAGCAUAUACACUAACGGAUUAUUUUCAUAAAAUAUUAAAUAAAGAUUUAGCAUUAUAUAUUCUACAAUAUUUUGAUCAGACAAAAAAUUUUUCUGCGAAUUAUCGUCUAGUUAAGUGUCUCGUUCAUAUUGUGACACUGUUAAUUCAUCAUCCAGAUAUUUCUAAAUAUCAGUACAAAGGCACAUGUUAUCGUGGGAUGAGAAUAACAGAAAAUGAUAUAGAUCCAUAUCAAUUAGAUCAACAUAUAUUAAAUCGGUCGUUUUUAUCUACAUCAAUUGAUCCUGACGUGGCCAAAAUGUUUGCUGGUGAAGGGCAACAAUCUGAAAUGAGACAAAGAUUUGACGGACGUCCUCUUCAAUUUUCAUGUUUAUGCCAAUAUAAAAUAAAACAAAAUGCAACAGCCAUAGACAUACAAGAACUUUCAAGUAAACCACAUGAAAAAGAAAUUCUCAUUCUGCCAUUUGCUGUAUUUAAAGUCGUGAACAUCAAGAAAAAUUAUAUUGAUGAUCCACAAGCACCAAUUUCAAUCGAAAUUGAAUUAGAAGAAUGUGAAGAUCCAGGUUGUUCAAAUAUUUUAAGUCGAAGUGUCUGGAAUGCAACAACAGCUAAAACUCGUUUUAUUUUAGAAUUACCGGUUUUAUAUAUUGCCGUUCAGACAUUACUUAGUUAUAAUAGAAGUAUGACACAACAAGAUUGUAUUCGAUAUGUAAAAGCAUUUCAAACAUACAAUAUGAACACAAAUAAUUAUGAUGAUAUUUCGUAUAAUUUUAUCAUUUGUGGUGGGUAUGCUACGGAUAAUAGCAGUCAACAAUUAAUUUACAUAGGUAGAGGAUGGAAUUAUAUUGGGGCAUAUUGCGUUGGGAUUAUUGGUAAUUAUACGAAUAUAAAAUCUUUAAAUGCAUUUAAAUCAUUAAUGGACUGUGGUACUAAAAACAAUUAUGUGCAACAAAACUAUACAUUUGUUGAGCAUUAUGCUUCGCCAGACAUAUAUCAAUAUUAUAUGAAUUAUUUUAAAAAUUAUACAACGGCAACAACAGAAUAUAGUUGUCAAUCAUGA